ACCCAGCGGUCGUGGCUGCCGGGGCGGUUUUUCGGUCUGCUCCGAAGGUGGAGUAACUAAGAAUGAGCGGAACCCUGGGAAAGGUACUGGGCCUGUGGAAAGAUGCUGUUUUUAAGCAAACCUUUUCUCUCCUGAGAUUCAGAAUUUUGAGAGAGAAUCCCAUUUGUUCUGCAGGUGGUGUUGUUCUGAGGUCCAGUCGGUACUACAGGACAAAGCCUACUCAUGGCAUUGGCAGAUACAGACACUUGGUGAAAGUGCCAGAGCCUAAAAAGAAGAAAGCAAAAGUGGACGUGAGAGCCAUUAAUCUGGGGACAGAUUAUGAAUAUGGUGUUUUAAAUAUUCACUUGACUGCUUAUGACAUGACUCUGGCAGAAAGCUAUGCCCAGUAUGUCCACCGCCUCUGCAACCGGCUCUCUGUCAAAGUUGAGGAAAGUUACGCGAUGCCCACUAAAACCAUGGAGGUGAUGAGGCUACCAGACCAAGGCAACAAAAUGGUCCUAGACUCAGUCCUUACCACCCAUGAGCGAGUGGUUCAGAUCAGUGGUCUGAGUGCUACGUUUGCAGAGAUUUUCUUGGAAAUACUCCAAAGCAAUCUUCCAGAAGGAGUCAAGUUGUCAGUGAGGGAGCACACCGAAGAAGACUUCAAGGGAAGGUUCAAAGCUCGGCCAGAACUGGAGGAAUUGUUGGCCAAGUUGAACUAAACACUGCAAGCCCUCUCAUGCCAUCAUCGGCCUCAGAGAAACUCUUCCUGCAUGAAGAGAAAAGCCAAGAGAGUGAGUGCGCAUACUGGGA